UCCACCCUGCGCACAAGAAGCUGCCGCAGCCUCCCGUCCUCUCCCAAUAUGGCGCCGCUCGCCUGCUGAGCUCUCCGAGCCCGUCCGGUACCCGACGCUUACCGAGACAUGCUCACAGCCGGAUAGUGGCAGCCCAGCAGCCCAGUCUCGUCUCGUCAGCCACUCGGGCCUAGCUUUUCAGGUCAGGCCUCCACCACUACAGCACACCACCGGAGCAGGAGGCCUCACCGCCGCCAUGGCUCAUUCCCCGGUAGCCGUGCAAGUGCCCGGGAUGCAGAACCACCGGGCCGAUCCAGAAGAGUUGUUCACAAAACUGGAACGCAUUGGAAAGGGGUCCUUUGGAGAAGUUUUUAAGGGUAUUGAUAACCGGACUCAGCAUGUGGUUGCUAUAAAAAUCAUAGAUCUGGAAGAAGCAGAGGAUGAAAUAGAAGACAUACAACAAGAAAUAACUGUUCUUAGUCAGUGUGACAGCCCCUUUGUGACAAAGUACUAUGGAUCCUAUCUCAAGGGCACAAAACUAUGGAUCAUUAUGGAAUAUUUAGGUGGAGGCUCUGCGCUAGACUUGCUACGUGUUGGUCCUUUUGAUGAACUCCAGAUUGCAACCAUGUUGAGAGAAAUCUUAAAAGGUCUUGAUUAUCUGCACUCAGAAAAUAAAAUUCACAGGGACAUCAAAGCUGCCAAUGUCCUACUAUCUGAGCAAGGGGAUGUCAAACUUGCUGACUUUGGUGUUGCUGGCCAGCUAACUGAUACACAGAUCAAAAGAAACACCUUUGUAGGUACUCCUUUCUGGAUGGCACCGGAAGUCAUACAACAAUCUGCUUAUGACUCCAAGGCUGAUAUUUGGUCAUUGGGCAUAACGGCGAUCGAAUUAGCAAAGGGUGAACCACCAAACUCCGAUAUGCACCCGAUGAGGGUACUGUUUCUCAUUCCUAAAAAUAACCCACCCUGCUUAUUGGGAGAUUUUAGCAAACCAUUUAAAGAGUUUAUUGAUUCCUGCCUUAACAAAGAUCCUUCCUUUCGACCUACAGCCAAAGAACUUCUUAAGCACAAAUUUAUUGUUAAAAAUGCCAAGAGAACAUCUUACCUAACAGAGCUUAUUGACAGAUUUAAACGAUGGAAGGCUGAGGGUCAUAGUGAUUCUGGUUCUGAUGAUUCUGAUACAGAGUCCAACAACAAAGAGAACCAUUCUCAUCCUGAAUGGAACUUCACCACAGUCCGGAAGAAGCCAGACGCCAAAAAAUUGCAGAAUGGGACAGAUCAAGAACUUGUGAAAACCCUGAGCUCUUUAUCUGUAAUAAUUGCCCCAGUGUUUGCUGAGCUUAAACAGCAAGACAGGAAUAAUGUUGUGAGGAAAAAUGCCAUUGAAGAAUUAGAAAAGAGUAUGAACCAGGCAGAAGCUACUUAUCCUGGAAUUACUGACAAGAUGGUAAAGAAACUUAUGGAAAAAUUCCAGAAGUUUUCUGUCGGUGACUCCUAAGUAUCAUCCUCCAUUUUAAGACCAUGACACUGCUGUAUGAGAAUGGCAGAGGGACACCCACCCAGUAUACUCACCGCCUGGCCAUGCUUAGCAUUUUCAGCUCCUUGUGCCUUUCGGAUCUUCACGAUACACAUCCAUGUGACUAUGAUCGACAGUUUGGAAAGAAAAGAACCUUUAGCAAUUUUGUUUUCUAUUUUUCCUCCCUUUUUUGUUAAUUUUUUUUUUUUUGUGAUGGUGUAAAUGGGUUUUUUAUAUUUUCAGGAAAUUAUUUUGUAAAGACUGAACUUUACUACUUUAAUCUUUUGUUUAAUCCUGUAAAUGUUGAAAUGCUGUUUUUUUUUUUUCUUCCCCAUGUUGGGUACCCGUUUGGGUAGGAAGAUGCGCAAGUGGUUGUAUGUUUGUGUUGCACUGUUCACUGACUGAAUCUACUGGUCUGUUUUGUUCUAUUUGUGUGUGACUUCUGCCAUUACUUGGUGGAUGAGCAUGUUUGUGGUAUACAGCGGUUCUCUUUCACUAAGGCACAUUGGAGCUGCUGUACAGCUAGCAAUUUGCUUAUGACACUGUGUAGACUUUGAGCAAGUUCUUGAUGGCCCUUUGAGCCACAGUCAUAAGAUGUCUGCCAGCCAAGAUUGUCCUAUGCUCUGUCACCUGUCCAUUAAGUUGUAGAAAUGUGGAUGCAAGUGCCGCUGAAAGAUAAUGCCAUCAAACCUUAUAUUUUAAGCAUGGAUCCAAUGCUGGUUUUCUGAAUCGCCCACUGGCUGGCCUCGCUGGCAUCCCAUUGCUGAAAUCAUUCUGCUAGAGUUUUCUGAAGCAUUAAACCAAAUUUACAGCUGGGAGAGGGGGGCUUGUUUGUAGGCCCUAGCGGGUAGUUGUGAGAACAGUGGACCCACAUAUUCACUGCACGUGAAGAAAUGAUUGCCUCAAACCUUCUUCUUUGUGGUCCGUAGAUCUACGUCCUAUUUCUCUCGCUCUCUAGUACUGAGAGGAAGGGUAUAAUGGUGGACUUGAGCAGUGAUGAACUCUGCAUUCGAACAUGCCUAGGCGUAACCCUAGCUAUGACCAAGAACUUCUUUUCGGCUUACUAUAAGGCACAGAACUUCAUCCCCACAGUCUCCAUGACGUACAAGAUGCUAAUUAAUAAUUAAUUAAUUCAGUUUGCUGGCGUUUUCUGAAAUAUCAAGGUUGGAGUAUCUGUCAGCUGCACAAAAUGGAAGCAGCCUUUUUAUGUACUUAAAGUAUAUUUUAACCAGAUGAAUGCACAUUUUAAUAUAUUGCAGCAUACUAGAGGCAAUGGGUGUAUUUUUUUUUUUCUUUUCUUUUUUUAUUCCCCCAUGGAAGUGCAGAAAAUACCUGUUCCUGAUAGAAAUCAAGUUUUUGCAACCUCUGUACGCCAAACUAAAAUCGCAAACACUUGAUCGUUUUCCGGUGCUCUAUGCAUGUAAUGAUGAAGGGGUGGAGGUAGAGUUGCUUGCGGGUCCAAAUCAAGAGGGCAGGGUGCCAAUGCUUCUCAACCAUAAAUGAUGGUGCGCUGAAGACGGGAAGUGUUAGUGGCAGGCUCACCAAGGGAAAGGAGUUAGGGGAAAAAGAAUGCAGCUACUAGUAAGUUGCAAUAUAUUACAAUUUUUGUUCCUGGGUUUAGAUGCACUUUAAUUAUACUGAAAACAGUUGAUUUCAGUAGAAACUGAAAAAUGUGUUGCCUGUGUAAAUGUAGGCUUGAACUAAUUCACAGCUUCAGCAGGGAUGUGCCCAGUAAAUGCAUAUGCUGCUUUCUAAUGCUUAUUUGGUGUAGCUAUUAUAAUUGCUUCCUCCGUUGUGUGUGGCUGUCAGGUACCCUCUAUAAACAGAAAACAUAUCACCGCACUGGACAAACUGAGCAGCUAUGUCCGGGUCUACGUGUCAUACACUCUAUGCUAAACAUUUUGCUGGAAUAUAUCGCCUUCAAACUCAAAGCCUUGAAAUCUGAGUGCAGAUCUGCUGUGUUUUUUUUUUUUUUU